CGGAAGUGUUUGUCCUUGUGGACCCCGUUAGUGUUGCCUCUCACCGCCGGACACGUGUGUCGCUGUCAAAUAAGCGUCCAUCUGCCAGCAGCUACCCACAAUAUACUUCAUUAUAGGUUUACAUGUCUGUGUGUUAAAGGCACGGCCCCAUGUUUCUGAUCCCACGAUGAGUGACGCGUUCAGUAGCAGCUCGGAAAACGUGAUUCAGCGCGUGGUAGACGUGACGGUGAAGACGGGCACACCUGUGGGAGAACUUGAAGAGUUAUAUCAAAUCAGAAAGACUUGCGACUUCAUCAAUGAGCAUCAAUUUGAAAAGGUUGCGCUGCAGUUUCCAGAUGAGCUACUGGCGGAUUCCGUUGCAGUAGCAGCGGAGAUUGAGCGCAACAGUAAUGCCAAGCCGUUCAUUUUGGGAGAUACAUCCUACGGCAGUUGCUGUGUGGACGAGGUGGCUGCAGAACACGUCGGAGCCAACUGCAUCGUGCACUACGGCAGCGCUUGCCUCAGCCCUUCUAAGAGGCUGCCACUGAUGUACGUCUUUGAGCGGAGGGCGUUGGAUCUGGAGAAGUGCACCGCUGCCUUCAGAGACCUCCACCCAGACACCCAGAGUCACGUUGUCAUCCUCUAUGAUGUCAACUAUGUUCAUGCUAUAAAUGAUCUUCAGACUCUCCUGUUGCCAGAUUAUCCAAACGUUAUCAUUUCAGAACUAGUGGUCGAAGGAGAGCAUUGUUACAGUCACGGUCGGACUAAAGGACAACACGACGACACCAGUCUGUCAGAGCGAGACGACGGCCAGGUUGUUUAUCAGUUUGGAAGGCGGUUCUCCUUGAAAGGAGGUUUAAGCAUCGCUGAUUACAGAAUGUUCUAUGUAGGGCAAGAGGGAGCGACGCUGCGAAACUUCAUGAUGACAUGGAAUUGCUGCUCAUUUUGUUCCUUUGACCCCAUCAAAAUGACAGCUAGGACGGAGUCAGUGAGUAUCAACCGUGCUCUGAUGAAGCGAUAUUACGCCAUAGAACGGGCCAAAGAUGCUAAUGUGGUUGGCAUCCUAGUUGGCACCCUCGGGGUGGCCGACUACCUCAGCAUCAUCCAGCAGUUGAAGGAGACCAUCCGAGGAGCUGGCAAGAAGAGCUACGUGUUUGCCAUGGGGAAGCUGAACGUGCCCAAACUAGCGAACUUUCUGGAAAUUGACAUUUUUGUGUUAAUUGCGUGUCCCGAGAACUCCCUACUGGACUCGAGUGAGUUCUACAAACCUGUAGUAACGCCUUUUGAGAUGGAGGUAGCCUGCAACAAGAAGAGGGAGUGGUCAGAGGAAUACGUCACAGACUUUCGACAUCUCCUGCCAGGUGGACAAAGCCAUGUUCCUCUGGCCGAUCGGCAGGAGGACGACGAUGAGACGGACAUGUCUUUAAUCACGGGAGCUUUGCGAAGCCAGAAUCUGUUGAGCAGUGAGCCUGAGGUGUCUUCAUUCGGCUCCUCCGUGGUCCUAAGGAACCAGGCGCUGACUGUCGCCAACACAAACUCAGCUGCGUCUUUUCUGUCUGAACGAAGCUGGCGUGGCUUAGAGGAGAAGUUGGGAGAGACGCCUGUGGUGAAGGCAGUAGAGGGCAGGAGAGGAAUAGCUAUUGCCUAUGAAGAGGAAGGGACGUCUCCGUGACAUUUAGCUGACAGCCACGAGGAUAUAACU